AUGGGUUGUUGUCUAUCAAGUGAUGAGCGUGAAGAGGAACUUCUUGCCGAAAAGAAGAGAAGAGAACAAUCACCACGAGGAGUGGGUAUGGGAGUGGCAAUGAUGAUGCAGCAAGCGGGAGUCCUCAUCGGAGCGAAUUCUCAUCUCGCUCCACCUGAUCCAAACACGCUCGUAGCUCAAAUACGUAAAGCCAAAGCCGAGGGACGCACAGUCACUCUCGUCAACGGCAACCUUUACUUUGACUAUCAUCUCGUCUGCCGGAUACCCCCUCACUAUAAUCUUCAAGUU